AUGAAGACCCCAUCUAACUCAACAGAUAAAUCUAUUGGAUACAAAUUACCUUUUAGGCAGAAUCGUGGAAAGCCACCAAAUCGUUAUUCACCUGAUAUUAGCAAGACAUCAGAGUAUCCAAUUGUGAAUCAUGUAUCCACUGAGAAGCUAUAUGAACCACUCAAGGUCUUUGUGCAUCAGUUGUCUGCUAUUCAUAUCCCAACCAAGGUUACUGAAGCACUUAAAGAUCCUAAGUGGGUUCAAGCUAUAAAGGAAGAGAUGAAGGCUCUUGAGAAGAAUCAAACUUGGACACUGAAAAAUUUAUCACGUGGAAAAAAGACUAACGCGUAUGGAUCUAUUGAGCGAUACAAGGCAAGGCUUGUGGCGAAAGGGUACACACAGACUUAUGGUGUAGAUUAUGAAAAAACCUUUGCACCAGUUGUAAAAUUGAACACAGUCAGAGUCUUAUUGUCCCUCGCAGUUAAUUUGGACUGGUCACUACACCAGUUUGAUGUAAAGAUGAAGAACCCAUGGAGGAGGUGUAUAUGGACAUUCCUCAUGGACAUAAUACUACUAAGAAUGGAACAAUAUAAAGGGAAGGUAGCAGUUCUAAUAAUCUAUGUUGAUGACAUGAUUAUUACUGGGAAUGAUAAACAUGAAAUAUCUCAGCUACAAGACUAUUUGGCUACUGAAUUUGAGGUGAAGAAUCUAGGUGGACUCAAAUAUUUCUUGGGGAUUGAGAAUCAUCAUCUUGGAGAAUACCCGGAUCAAGUUCCCACUAACAAAGAAAGAUACAAAAGGUUAGUGGGAAGAUUGAUCUACUUGUCUCAUACUAGGCCAGACAUUCCUUAUGCGGUGAGUGUCAUCAGUCAAUUCAUGCAUUCUCCGAGUGAAGGCCACAUGAAUGCAGGAAGUAUAACAGAUAGGAAAUCCACAUUCGGUUACUUCACAUUCGUGAGAGGUAAUUUGGUUACAUGGAGAAGCAAGAAACAGAAGGUGGUGGCCUUAUCCAGUGAAGAAGCCGAAUUCAAAGGUAUGACCAAAGGAAUUUGCGAACUCAUUUGGUUAAAGAGGUUGCUUACUGAACUGGGGUAUAGACCUACAUCUAUAAUGAAUAUCUUUUGUGACAACAAUGCUGCAAUCGCUAUUGCAUAG